AAACCAAAAGGGGAAAAAGACUGGCAGUUGAGCUCUCUAUCGUGGUGAACAAGCAAAGAAAGGCACCCCUCUCUCUACUCUGUCUUUGUUCGGUAAGCAUGGGAACUGCGCAUAGGGUUUUUCUGCCAUUUGUGGUCCUCUCCGUACUUGUCCUUCCCUUGAUUCUCCCGGCGACUGCUGAAGGUUUAAUUCGAGUUGGUCUGAAGAAGAAGCCUUUGGAUGAGAACAGUAGGCUCGUAGGCAGGUUCUCUGAGAAGGAAAUCAAGCCCCUGAACUGCCUUCGAGGAGGUCUCAGCGAUGGGUCUCACUCCACUGAUAUCAUUUCCCUAAAGAACUACUUGAAUGCUCAGUACUUUGGGGAGAUUGGCAUCGGUACUCCGCCACAGAAGUUCACUGUGAUAUUUGAUACUGGCAGCUCUAAUUUGUGGGUUCCAUCUUCCAAGUGCUACUUCUCGAUUGCUUGCUGGGUUCAUUCAAAGUAUAGGUCUACUAGGUCAAGCACAUAUCAGAAGAAUGGAAAAUCUGCAGCAAUUCACUAUGGAACUGGAGCAAUCUCUGGUUUUUUUAGUGAAGACAAUGUUGAACUAGGAGAUCUCGUGGUCAAAGACCAGGAAUUUAUUGAAACCACCAGAGAGCCAGGUAUCACUUUCUUGGCAGCAAAGUUUGAUGGCAUACUUGGUCUAGGGUUUAAAGAAAUCUCAGUUGGUAAUGCGGUUCCCGUAUGGUACAAUAUGGUUGAACAAGGUUUGGUUAAAGAUCCUGUUUUCUCCUUCUGGUUGAACCGGAAAGCAGAGGAUGGAGAGGGAGGGGAAAUUGUUUUUGGAGGGAUUGACCCAGCUCAUCAUAAGAGUGAGCACGUAUAUGUCCCUGUGUCUCAGAAGGGUUAUUGGCAGUUUGACAUGGGAGACGUCCUUGUUGGUGGACAGUCAACUGGAUUUUGUGCUGGAGGUUGUGCGGCAAUUGCGGAUUCUGGAACGUCUUUGAUUGCGGGUCCUACAACCAUUGUUGCUGAAAUUAAUCAAAAGAUUGGAGCUGCUGGAGUUGUCAGCCAAGAGUGUAAAACUGUGGUCGCACAGUAUGGUGAACAGAUUUUGGAUAUGCUCCUGACUGAGACACAACCAAUGAAAAUUUGCUCUCAAAUCGGUCUAUGUGCCUUUGAUGGAACACGGGGAGUGAGUAUUGGUAUUGAAAGUGUGGUGAAUAAUGGAGACAAAUCAUCCGUUGGAAGCGAUCUUAUGUGCAAUGCUUGUGAGAUGGCGGUUGUAUGGAUGCAAAAUCAGCUCAAGCAGAACCAAACACAGGAAGCGAUAUUGAACUACAUCAAUCAGCUAUGUGAACGAUUGCCUAGUCCUAUGGGAGAAUCAGCUGUUGAAUGUAGUGCCCUGUCCUCUAUGCCUAGUAUAUCUUUCACUAUUGGUGGCAAGACAUUUGAGCUCACACCGGAGCAGUAUGUUCUCAAGGUUGGUGAAGGUCCUGUCGAGCAGUGCAUCAGUGGAUUUAUAGCCAUGGAUAUACCUCCUCCUCGUGGUCCUCUCUGGAUUCUUGGUGAUGUUUUCAUGGGAGUUUAUCACACGGUGUUUGACUAUGGCAACAUGAGGGUUGGGUUCGCAGAGGCGGCUUAACAGAUGGCAUGAGCAGAUAUCACCUUAUCGAUAUGUACCCGAGACUUUUUAAAGGGGUUGUACUGUUAUAUGUGUGUAUAUAUAUACAUGAAGUAAGUUAAGGUGGCCCACAUACGUAAUUACAGGCGCCCGAUAAAUUUGGAAGGUGGCCCAAUUAUGUAUAACAAAACUCCUGCUUUUGCUGCAGAUUGCUUUUUUUAGAUGA